GUUUGGACUGUGAGCGCUGCUGGUAUAAAUGUGAGCGUCUGCAGGUUUACAGAAACACAGUCAGGAUGGAGGUGAAGCUGCUGUUUCUCUCUGCUGUUCUUCUCUCCUCAGCGCUCCUCACACUGUGUGACCCGCUAUAUGUGCUGUCGGCUCCUAAUCUGCUGAGAGUGGGUUCCUCUGAGAACGUGUUUGUGGAGGCGCAGGAUUAUUCUGGAGGACCCCUUAAUGUGAGAAUCUCUGUGAAGAACUUCCCAGCCAAGAAUGUGGAGAUGAUGCAAAAAACAGUGACUCUAACCGGAGCAAAAUACCAGAGUCUUACAGAUAUACAGAUCCCUGGUGAUAGAAACUACUUCUCUGAUGAUGAGAAGAAGCAGUAUGUGUAUCUGCAAGCUCACUUUCCCUCCGUGACUCUGGAGAAAGUGGUCAUGGUGUCUUUUCAGUCUGGAUAUUUGUUUGUUCAGACGGACAAGCCCAUCUACACGCCUGGCAGCAAUGUUCAUUACAGGAUUUUUUCUAUGACACCCAACUUGAAACCAUUCAGUAAGCCCGGAAUCACAGUGGAUAUCACGAAUCCACAAGGCAUCACGGUAGCAUCAGACACGAUAUUUGCAGAAAAAGGUGUGAAAUCUUCGAUCUACAACAUCCCUGAGGUUACUAGUUUGGGGAUGUGGAAGGUGGUCACGCGGUAUGCAAACACCCCUCAGAAGACGUUUACUGCAGAGUUUGAGGUUAAAGAAUACGUUCUUCCAACAUUUGAAGUGAAAUUAAAAACCAGUAAAUCUUUUUACUAUGUGGGAGACAGCAAACCAAAGAACAACGAGGACGACAGUCUGACAGUUGACAUGGAAGCCAAGUAUCUGUUUGGAAAGAAGAUGGAUGGAAAUGCGUUUGUAGUGUUUGGUGUGAUGGACGGCGCGAUGAAAACAAGUAUUGUGAACUCUCUUCAAAAAGUUCAGGUUUUCAAUGGAGUAGGAACUGCAGAAUUGACCAGGGAGAUGAUCACGAAGACAUUUAAAAACAUAAAAGAUCUGGUUGGGAAGUCAAUCUACGUUUCAGUCAACCUUUUAACCGAAAGUGGCAGUGAAAUGGUGGAAGCAGAAAAGAGAGGCAUUCAGAUUGUGACGUCUCCGUACACCAUCCAUUACAAAAGAACAUCACAGUUCUUCAAACCUGGAAUGCCCCUGGGUGUCUCGGUUUAUGUUACAAAUCCUGAUGAGACGCCUGCAGAAGAUGUGGAAGUGGAGGUGCUGGUUGAUGGAGUAGGAGGAGUCAACAGUAAAACCAAAGCCAAUGGCAUUGCGAAAGUGACAGUCAACACUAAGGCAGGAGUCUCUACAUUGAAGAUCACUGCAACGACCAGAGAUCCUGAAUUGGCCAAUGAGCAGCAGGCGGAUAAGACAAUGAUUGCUCAGGCCUACAAAACCAAUCUUGGCUCCAAAAAUUACCUGCAUAUCAACAUUGAGUCAGCAGAGUUUGAGAUUGGUGAUCAAAUGACAGUUUAUCUGAACACUGGAGAAAGUCCAGGAGUCAAAGAUCAAGAUUUCACUUACAUGAUCUUGAGUAAAGGUCAGAUUGUUCUAGCAGAAAGGUUUAAGAGGCAAGGACAAACUCUAGUCUCUCUGUCUCUACCUGUGACCAAAGACAUGGUGCCGUCCUUCCGCUUCGUGGCUUAUUACCAUGUGGGCAAAGAUGAGGUGGUGUCUGAUUCAGUCUGGGUCGAUGUGAAGGACACAUGCAUGGGAAAGCUCAAGGUCGAGGUGACAGAAAAGCAGAAAUUCUAUGAAACAGGAAAUGAAGUCAAUCUGCAAAUAAGUGGAGAUUUUGGAGCCCGAGUUGGUCUGGUGGUGGUUGACAAGGCUGUGCAAGUCCUUAACAAGAACAGACUCACUCAGUCGAAGAUCUGGGAUGUCAUUGAGAAGCAUGAUACUGGCUGUACGGGAGGAGGUGGAAAAGACAGUAUGGGGGUUUUCAGUGACGCUGGUUUGAUGUUUGAGUCCGACCCUGCAGGAGGAACCAAUACAAGAACAGAGCCCAAGUGUCCUGCCCCUCCAAAGAGAAAACGGAGAUCUGAGAGUCUUCAGACAAUCACUACAACUCUCGCUGGCCAAUACACUGAAAAAAUCCGGCCAUGCUGCUAUGACGGGAUGAGGAAUAACAGAAUUGGCUACACAUGUGAACGGCGAGCAUCAUACGUCAUAGAUGGAGAAGAGUGUGUCAAGGCCUUCUUGCACUGCUGCAAAGAGGUGAAAAACCACAAAGAGACUGAAGAGGAGGAGCUGAUUCUGGCUCGUAAUGAUGAAGAGACUUAUGAAGAGGAUUAUGAAGACUAUGAUGACAUUACAUCACGCAAGCAGUUUCCUGAGAGCUGGCUUUGGGAGGAGUUUGAUCUCUGUGACAAAUGUUCAAAACCAAGCAAGAACAAAGUGACGUACCUGAAAGACUCUAUUACUACCUGGCAGAUCUUGGCAAUCAGCCUCUCACCAACACACGGCAUCUGUGUGGCAGAACCUGAGGAGAUCGUCGUUUUUAAGAGUUUUUUCAUUGACCUCAAAGUGCCUUACUCAGCUGUACGAGGUGAACAAGUGGAAAUCAAGGCCAUUAUUCACAACUACACCCCCAAACACCUGAAGAAGGUUCGUGUGGAGUUUUUGGAGACAGCAGGUGUUUGCAGUGCUGCCAGUAAGAAAGGGAAAUACAGAGCAACAGUAAAUGUUGACAAGGACUCCAGCAUAGCAGUUUCAUUUGUGAUCGUUCCAAUGACACUGGAAAGUCAGCAUAUUGAGGUGAAAGCUUCAAUAUUAGAUUAUACAGAUGGAGUUAGAAAGACCCUGAAGGUGGUGUCUGAAGGUGUGCUGACUAAAUUCCAAAGCCAAAAACUGGAGCUCAAUCCGGCCAAAAAAGGGGAGCAGCCCUUACUUCUUAGAGCUGGUAUACCAGGAGAUCAGGUUCCAGGCACACCCGUUCACUCGUACAUCACAGUUACUGGUGAAGAAAUCAGUCAGUCGAUUGAGCAUGCCAUCAAUGGAAGCUUCAUGGGAGAACUUAUCAAACGGCCAGGAGGAUGUGGAGAGCAGAACAUGGCUAAAAUGACUUUGCCUGUUGUUGCUACUCAUUAUCUGGACAACACCAAUCAGUGGGAAUCUGUUGGCAUUGACCGCCGUAAAGUUGCCAUUAACCAUAUCAAAACAGGUUAUGAUGGGCAGCUAAAGUACCGUAAACCUGAUGGAUCUUACGCUAUCUGGAUUAACACGCCGAGUAGUACAUGGCUGACAGCAUAUGUGGCUAAAGUCUUCGCCAUGGCCAAUGAUUUUUUUGCUAUAGAAGAAAAUGUGAUCUGCAGCGCCCUGAAGUGGCUGGUUAUGCACAAACAACUACCAGAUGGCUCUUUUAAAGAGGAUGCACCUGUAUAUGACAAAAGUAUAAUGGGUGGGAUAGAAGGCCAAAACACUGAUGUCUCUCUGACAGCAUUUGUCUUGAUUGCCAUGCAAGAGGGCAAAGAGAUCUGUGGGGGAACAGUUGGUAGUCUGCAUGAAAGCAUGAGGAAGGCUGUUGCUUUCUUGAAAGAUCAGCUUCCAAAACUGACCAAUCCUUAUGCAGUUGCUUUGACGUCCUACGCCCUGGCCAACGCUGACAGUCUUAAUAAAGCAAUCUUGAUGAUGCAUUCCACUAAAGUAAACGAUGAAAGGUUCUGGAAUGUCCCUGAACGGCAAUAUUACUCAAUAGAGGCGACGGCCUAUGCUGUGCUGGCACUCGUGAAGGCCAAAGACUAUGAUACAGCAGGAGAGGCAGUGCAUUGGCUGGCCAAACAAAAGUCUAGUCAUGGUGGUUAUGACACUACACAGGUGACCAUCAUGGUUUUCCAGGCUGUGGCAGAGUACCAUGCGCAAACGCAAGACUUAAAUAACUUUGACCUGAAUGUGGAGCUGGUUGUGCCAGGAAGAAGAAAAACUGACAGAUGGACCAUUCAAAGAAGUAAUGUGCAUCUUGCGCGGUCAGGCAAUGUGGAUUUGAAUAAGGACUUCACUGUGAUUGCUAAAGGAACCGGAUCAGCCAUUCUCUCAGUUCUGACGCUGUACUACGCCAGACCGUUUGAGAAGAAGACUGACUGUACUUUCUUUGAUCUGAGUGUCAAAUUGGAUAAAAUCCCUGAAACAAAACCAGGAACCAAUGGAACGUACAACUUCAUCCUGGAUUUCUUCUACAAAAACAAAAAAAAUGACGCCACCAUGACGAUUCUGGACAUUGGCUUGCCAACAGGAUUUGAUAUCGAUGAAGCUGAUCUUAAACAGUUGUCCACAGGGAAGGAGAGAUACAUUCAGAAAUAUGAAAAGAAUAAAGUGCUCUCAGAGCGAGGAUCCCUCAUCAUCUACUUAAACAAGGUUUCUCAUGAAGUAUCAGAAAAACUUGUCUUCAGAAUGCACAAGACCUUUAAUGUGGCUUUGCUUCAACCUGCUUCUGUCACCAUAUACGAGUAUUACUCACCCGAUGCCCGCUGUAAAAAGUACUACCACCCUGAAAGAGAAGAUUCCGCCCUAUACAGACUGUGUAAAGGAGACCUGUGUGUGUGUGCUGAAGAAAACUGCAGUUACCAAAAGAAAAACCAUGUUGAUGAAUCUAAGCGCUUGAUUAAAGCCUGUGAACCCCAUCUGGAUUACAUUUAUAAAGCGAAAUUAGUGAAGAUGGACCUGAAACAAGACUCCGAUAUCUAUCACAUGAAGGUGGAGAAGACGGUGAAAGAAGGAACUGAUACGGAUGUUGAAGGGAAAGUGAAACAAUUUUUGGCUCGUCCCAGUUGCCGAGUGAGUUUAGGACUGGUUGAAGGAAAGUCGUAUCUCAUCAUGGGAAACUCUGUUGAUCUGCCGACCCUUGGGGGAAGUCUGCAGUACGUCAUAGGAGAGCAGACCUGGAUUGAAUACUGGCCUACAAGUGAUGAAAGUAAAUCUGCUGAACACAGAGAUCGCUACAUCGGCAUGACUGCAGUCGAGAAUAUGUUUACCACAGGAGGAUGUUUGACAUAACUGCAUUACACCUGUUUGUAUUUUACAACACCAUCUUUCCUAUUUCCAAAUAAAUUGUGUGUAAUGUCGUUUGAGCCUAAUUUCUUGUAAUUAAUUAUUAAAAUCAAGACUGUAUCAAAUGAAAAUGAUUGUUUUAGAUUCCUGCCUAAUAAAUCAUGGUGUUACAUGUUGUAACCUACAAAACUA